AUGCCGGAGAAGGUCCGAACCGUGUUCGCCGACUCGGACGACGAGAAGGUGGAGAAAAAGGUCGUCGCACCACCCUCAGAAGAGCCCGCCCGCAAGAAGAAGCGGAGCAAGAAGCGCAAGCUCGAUGAGCCCGAGGCCCCCAAGGUCGCCGAUCGGGAGGCCACCGAGACCGCACCACCUGUGAAGCAAGUCGACACCCCCGAGCCCGUCACGCAAAUCCCAGAAAAUAGCGCGCCUCGUCCAACCAGUGCCCCAGUUUCGAAGCCUCAUCCGAGGCCGAAAUCGAAGCCCUUCGCAGAUACCAAAACCAAUUUCACGCCCCUACGCGAAAAGGCUAAGGCCUUACUCGAAGUACGGCGCAAACUCCCUGUCUUUGAAAAUGCCGACCUGAUUCGAAACAAUCUCAGAGAACAAGAUGUGAUGCUCUUGGUUGGUGAAACGGGUAGUGGAAAGAGUACCCAGAUUCCCCAGUUUCUGGUUGACGAGUUUUGGUGUCGGCCUGUGCCUACGGAAGUCACUCGGGAUGGAAAGAUAGAGAAGAAGACGGUCGGUGGGUGCAUUGCUAUCACACAGCCUCGACGUGUCGCUGCUAUUUCGCUGGCUCGUCGUGUUGCGGAGGAGAUGGGCACACCACUUGGGUCGCACUCGCCGGCCAGCAAAGUUGGUUACUCGGUUCGAUUUGAUACUUCCGUGUCGCCUAGUACCCGCGUCAAGUUCUUGACUGAGGGUAUGCUGCUUCAGGAGAUGUUGCAUGAUCCUUACUUGACGAAGUACAGCGCCAUUGUGGUUGAUGAGGUUCACGAACGUGGUAUCAAUGUCGAUCUGACUCUUGGAUUUUUGCGAAAUCUUGUUUCUGGGACCCUUGAAGGCCGUGGUGGUGUGCCGCUCAAGGUAGUGGUCAUGAGUGCCACUGCGGACAUGGAAAGCCUGACUGGCUUCUUCCAAGAUGGAUACAAACUCGUUGAGGAUGAAAAGAAGGCCAUUGAGAAUGGAGACGAGGGUGAAAAAAUGGAGACUUCGAGCUCGAAGACAAUCUCCAUCUGUCACAUUAAAGGUCGACAGUUCCCAGUCAAAACAAUCUAUUCGCCUGCGCCAGUACAUGACUUUGUGGACGCGGCAUUGAAGACUAUUUUCCAGAUUCACCAAAAGGAGCCGAUGCCCGGUGACAUUCUUGUUUUCCUGACUGGUCAAGAAACAGUGGAAGCAUUGGAGCACCUCGUGAACGAGUAUGCUAUGGGAAUGGAUCCAUCACUCCCCAAGAUCCUGGUCCUUCCUCUGUUUGCUGCGCUACCACAAGCAGCUCAACAGCGUGUCUUUGCGCCUGCUCCGCCACGAACUCGCAAAAUCGUGCUUUCUACCAACAUUGCUGAGACAUCCGUUACUGUCUCCGGUGUUCGACAUGUCAUUGACUGUGGCAAGGCCAAGGUCAAGCAGUUCCGCUCUCGCCUUGGGUUAGAUUCGCUCCUGGUCAAGCCUAUUUCCAAGUCUGCCGCGAUCCAGAGAAAGGGUCGAGCUGGUCGUGAGGCGCCUGGACAAUGUUUCAGGUUGUAUACUGAGAAGGAUUACCUGGCUCUGGAUGAGACCAAUACCCCUGAGAUCCUUCGAUGUGACCUCAGCCAAGCACUACUCAAUAUGAAGGCCCGUGGCGUUGAUGACAUUGUUCGAUUCCCAUUCCUGACUCGGCCACCGCGCGAGGCACUGGAAAAGGCUCUCCUGCAGCUUCUGAAUAUUAACGCACUCGAGGAAACCGGGUCGAUCAGUGCUGUCGGUUUACAUAUCGCCAAGUUACCCCUGACGCCAACUCUGGGACGCGUGCUUCUGGCUGCUGCUGAGAACGGCCCAGAAUGUCUGAUCGAUGUCAUCGACAUCAUUUCUUGUCUCAGUGUGGAAAACAUUUUCCUCAAUACCACUUCGGAGGAAAAGAAAGAAGCAGCAGAGACCGCGCGUCGUGAUCUCUACCGACGCGAAGGAGACCACCUGACAAUGAUGACAACCGUCCGAGUCUACGCCGCCGAGCACGCAGAUCGCAAGGCGUGGGCAGAGCGCCAUCUGGUCUCACAUCGAGCCAUGCAGUCAGUCAUGGAUGUCCGCAAACAACUGCGCACCCAAUGUCGCCAAGUUAAGCUCCUCACAGCAAAGGAUCUUGAAUCCAAGUCACUACACGAUCCCUCGCCCAUUCUCAUCCUCCGCAGUUUCCUCGCUGGAUUUGCGACCAACACCGCGCGCCUCGUUCCAGAUGGCAGCUAUCGCACGGUUGUCGGAAACCAGACUGUCGCCAUUCACCCUUCGAGUGUCCUGUACGGCAAGAAGGUCGAGGCGAUCAUGUACAACGAAUUCGUGUUCACGAAUCGCAGUUACGCACGUGGUGUCAGUGCGGUGCAAAUGGAUUGGGUGGGUGAGGCACUGGCUGGUUCUGAUUAA